AUGCGCGUUGUGUGGGCCGGAUGGAACCAGGACAACAGUUGCUUUGCUGUUGUCGCAGAGGAUCAGCAAGCGUGCGAGUAUCGCGUGUACAGCAGCGAUCCUCUCAUGCUUCGGGCGCGGCGGCCGCUUGGGAGCAACACGUUGUCGCGGGUGCAACUGCUGUUCCGCUGCAACUACGUUGGCCUGGUUGCCGGUGGGCGAUCCCCGCUCCACCCCACAAACAAAGUGAUUAUUUGGGACGACCACACAGAGGAGGUUGCAGUCGAGCUGUCUCUCAAGUCGGAGGUCCGCGAUCUCAGGCUUCGUCGUGACAGGAUUGUUGCCAUCACCCGAACACGCGUCUUCAUCUACACCCUGGCCCAGAUCCCGCGAAAGCUGCAGCAGUACAGCACAACAGACAACCCAGAAGCGCUGUGUGUUCUUGCUCCCGGCGAUGAGCUGCCCAUUCUUGCAUUCCCCGGACUGCAACCAGGACAGUUGCAAGUUGUGAACUUGAACAAGCUGGAGCAGCUGCCGCUUAUCGUCGCAGCGCACGAGACCGCACUCGCCUGCAUCGCUGUCAACGCCGCCGGAACCCUCCUGGCAACAGCAUCCCGCCGCGGCACGCUCAUCCGCGUGUUUGACAGCCAAACGGGGCAGAAGCUGCACGAGCUCAGGCGGGGCGCAGAGCAGGCAAACAUUUCCAGCAUCUGCUUCAGUCCCUCCGAUCGCUUUCUCUGCGUUUCCAGCGAUCACAGCACCGUUCACAUCUUCGCCCUCCAAGAAAAGCCGGCGCGCUCCCUCGGCGGCCUUCGCGGGUCGCUGCUUCCGAAAUACUUCAGUUCGCAGUGGAGUUUUGCCAAGUUCACAGUCUCUGCAGGCUGGAGCACAUGCGCCUUUCCCACAGACGACUACACUGUCAUGGCCGUGUGCUAUGAUGGCAUGGUGUUUCGCGCCACCUUCAAAGAAAACGGCGCCAUUGUUGUUGAGCAGUCAAACAUGAUGCAAUACGAGUUUGAGGACACGCGUUCGCCGUCGUCGUCCUCGUCGUCUCUCCACCACCGCCAGCAGCAGCAGCAGCAGCAGCGCCACCGCCACCAUCACGGUGUUCGCCGCACGACAACGCAUCGCGGCGGCACGGGCCACGUCGUCACCAUUGAGCGGGACGGCGACGACGACGACAGACACACGCGCGCAACUACAGCAACGGCACCUGUGCCGCCCAACGGGGAGGAUGUCGGGCGGUGGUGGCUGGAGCGCGGCGGGCUGGGCACGUGGGAGGAGUGGAGCGUGCGCGGGGGCUCUGUUGUGACGGUCGCGAGUAGCACUGAGGGUGCACUUGCGUUGAGCGCAGACGACGAGAUGAGCAGUCGUGGGAUCAGAACAGAAGGAGAGGAGUACGAGGACGACGACGAAGGCGAUGGCGGCGAUGAUGAUGGCGAGCAGUGGCAUGAUGAUGAUGGUGAUGGUGAUGGUGGUGAUAAUGGUGAUUUGUAUGAUCAUGAGAACACGGGCGUCGAUCACGGUGACGGUGACGGUGAUGGUGAUGAUGAUGGCAGCAGGAGACAGUUCGCUGCAGUUGAGGUGGACUGGCAGCGGUGGACAGAGCACGAUGACGAGAGCAGCUACCGCGCCGACGACGACGCCGACGACGACGACGACGACGAUGAUGAUGAUGACGUGGAUGAUGAUGACGUGGAUGAUGAUGACGUGGAUGAUGCGGAUCGACAGGCAACGCUCAGGCCAAAGCGGCGGGGAGGCAGCGGGGGCGGAUUUGGCAACGCCGACAGCGACGUGAACACAACAACCGCCGAUGACAAUGAUGACGAGGAUGGCAAUGACGAUGAUCGGAAAGAACAGCUGGUUCUGUCGUCGCACCGGUGGGCAGCGUACCCGCUCGAAUCCGAUGAAACGCAAACGGGAGACGAAGACGACAACAAGGACAACAGUAACGGUGGUCACGAGGCGCCUGAUGGUGAUGAGGGUUGCAGUCGUGCUGAUGAGGAUGGCAGUGGUGACGAUGAUGACGACAGAGGUGUUGACGACGAUGGUAAUGGUGCCAUGCCUCCUCAACAGAUGACAUUCCAACCGUCGCCUCCAAAACAGCAGCAGCAGCAGCAGCGCGACGAUGUGGGUGAACACCACGCCGUGAGUGAUGUCGAUGACGAUGAUGGUGUGAGUGGUGGGGAUGAUGAUCAUGACUUGCCUUCCUUUGGUUGGACAGCAGAAAUGCCGCCACCACCGCCGCCAUCAAGCGAAAUCGUGACUGCUGAUGUUAGCGGAGAGGGCCGUGCACCACCACCGAUGAUGAUGGCAAGUCAUGGCGAUGACGAUGACGAUGAGGGUGAUGAUGCCCGUGGCGACGAUGACGAUGUCGAUGAUGAACAUGAGCAGCAAAUCGCUGACGGUCACGAUGAUCAUGAUGGCGAUGCGCUGGUUGCUAAAGUGGACGACCCACCAGCACUCGCAGUCGAUCGGGAUGACACAUUUGUUGAUGCGAAUGAUGAUGAUGAUGAUGAUGAUGAUGAUGAUGAUGACAAGGGUGGCAGUGCACUGGUGGACUCCUCCAUGAGCGGCGGGGAGGACGAGCGUGCAUGGACCAGCGGCGACGACCACGACUUCAGUGAUGAUGAUGACGACGACCACGACUUCAGUGAUGACGACGACGACGAUGUCGAAGCUGCACAGGAUCAUACAGGACGUGCAAGCGACGAUGAACACGAGGAAGAGAGCGAGUUGGAUGCUGGUCGCGCUGAAGUCGUUGCUGAUGAUGACAACGACGGCAAUGAUGAUGGUGAUGAUGGUGAUGAUGGCGAUUAUGAUGGUGGCGAUGAUGACGAAGAAGCUCAUCAUUGCAAUGACGACAACGACAACGACAACGACGACAGUGAUGUUGAUAACGGCGUGGCUGUGGACGGUUGUGGCAGUGACGAGCAUGCGUUUGCUCUCGAGCAACCGAUCGCGCAUGGCGACGAUGGCGGUGACGCGGACUCCGAAGAUGAGCGGAGGGAGGACGAGCAGCGUGCGGUGGCAGACAGCUCGGGGUUUGGUGAGGACAGCCACGCUGUUGAUGGGGAUGAUGGGGACGUUACGAGCGAUGAUGACAGUGGCGAUGAUGAAGCCAUGAUUGUGUAUGGGAGCGAUGGCCACGAUGACGCGACCGCUGGUGCUGAGGGCGACAUCACAUCAGACGACGAAUUCCAUUCACCGCUCAACGCCAAUCUCUCCGAGCAAGGGGAGGAAGAGGACGACGAUGAUGGCGAUGAUGACUUUGAUGACCAGUGA